GAGAAAGUGAGAGAACGGUGCCGAAGUUGUGAGUUUUCCCACUGGUCUGCCCAAAUAGAAAUAUACUUUGCCAAACUGGCUAGAUGGCAACCACAGAGCUCUACACAAAGGGGGCAUCAGUGUGGGUGCAGGACCCAGAAGCUGUGUGGGUGUCCGCUCAGCUACUUCAAGACUACCAUUCUGGAGACCAGCAGAUCUUAAUACGACUCACCGAUGGCAGAGAGUUGGAGUAUCCAGUGAUGCCUCCAGCAGGUCUUCCCCCUCUAGGGAAUCCUGAUAUUUUGGAGGGAGAGAACGACCUCACUGCUCUAACCUUCCUCCACGAGCCAGCGGUACUUCACAACUUGCGUGUGCGCUUUCUUGACUACAGUAGCAUUUACACCUACUGUGGAAUUGUGUUGGUGGCCUUAAAUCCAUAUGAACAGCUCCCCAUCUAUGGAGAGGAGGUGAUUGACGCCUACAGUGGGCAGGACAUGGCUGAUAUGGAGCCUCACAUUUUCUCUGUGGCUGAGGAGGCAUACCGUACUAUGAUCAGGGAGGAGAAGAAUCAGUCCAUCAUAAUUAGUGGCGAAUCAGGCUCAGGAAAAACCGUAUCAGCUAAGUUUACCAUGCGUUACUUUGCUGUAGUGGGUGGUGCGGCCCAGCAGACCAGUGUGGAGGAGAAGGUUCUAGGAUCCAAUCCCAUAAUGGAGUCAAUUGGUAAUGCAAAAACAACCCGAAACGACAACAGUAGCCGGUUUGGAAAGUAUAUUGAAAUAGGAUUUGGACGCAAAGGGGAUAUUAUUGGAGCAAAUAUGAGGACCUACUUGUUGGAGAAAUCAAGAGUUGUUUUUCAGGCGGCGGAAGAGAGAAACUAUCACAUCUUCUACCAGCUUUGUGCCUCCAGGGAUUUGCCAGAGUUGAGGACACUUAAACUUGAAUCGGCUGAGAACUUCCAAUACACCAAGCAAGGAAAGGAUCAGCACAUUUCAGGCACAGAUGAUGCUGUCGAGCUAGAACGCACAAGAAAUGCUUUUAUUAUACUAGGAGUGCAGCCAGACCAGCAGAUGGAGAUUUUUCGUAUAUUAGCAGCUAUUCUUCAUCUUGGGAAUGUCAACAUACAAGCCAGUGGUCGUGGUGGGGACCGCAGCUACAUUGAUGCCAAUGACUGUUCUCUGGCCAUCUUUGCCAAGCUUUUGGGGGUGGAAGGUGCUCAAAUGGCCCAAUGGCUGUGCCACAGGCGACUGGCAGUGGGCGGAGAGAUGCUUGUAAAGCCGAUAACAGGCCAGCAAGCUAACGAAGCACGGGAUGCUUUGGCUAAGCAUGUGUAUGAGCAACUGUUUGCCUGGACGGUGCAGAGGCUCAACUCUUCUUUACGAGCUCACAGGGAACAGCCGAAGUCUUUCAUAGGAGUUCUUGACAUCUAUGGGUUUGAGACGUUUGACAGGAACAGUUUUGAGCAAUUCUGUAUAAACUACGCCAAUGAGAAGCUCCAACAGCAGUUCAACAGGCAUGUAUUUCAGCUGGAGCAAGAGGAGUAUCUGCGUGAGGAACUGCCCUGGAACCGCAUCGAGUUCAGUGAUAACCAGCCAUGUAUUGUUCUCAUUGAAGGCCAGUUGGGUCUGCUUGAUCUUCUGGACGAGGAGUGUAGAAUGCCGAAAGGCUCGGAUGAGAACUGGGCUCGGAAGCUUUAUGACCAGCACCUGAACCACAGCCCUCACUUUCGCAAACCACGCAUGUCCAACUCCGCCUUCACCAUCCUGCACUUUGCUGAUAUGGUCCAAUAUGAGUGUGAUGGCUUUUUGGACAAGAACCGAGACACUGUAUUUGAGGAGCCCAUCAACAUUCUGAGAGCUAGUCAGUCAGAACUGGUGGCUGAAUUGUUCCAGAAGGAGCCUACAGGCAGCGCCCUCCCCAACUCCUCACUUCCAAACGGAAGCAUACGCUCAGGGAAGAGAGCUCACAGAGAGCACAAAUUAACCGUGGGGUUUCAAUUUCGUCAGUCUCUGCAGCUCUUGAUGGACACUCUAAACAGUACCACCCCACAUUACGUUCGCUGCAUAAAGCCAAAUGACCUCAAAAAGCCUUUCUUAUUUGAUCCCAAGCGAGCAGUGCAGCAAUUGCGAGCAUGUGGAGUCUUGGAAACCAUCCGCAUCAGUGCUGCAGGCUACCCCUCUAGGUGGACAUAUGAGGAGUUCUUCAGCCGUUAUCGUGUGUUGCUGUGUGAUUUGGUUUCUCAGGCAGAUGUACGCCGCUCUUGCCAGAGUGCCCUUCAUGAUCUCAUCCCUGACCCAGAGCAGUACUGUUUUGGUAAGACAAAGGUCUUCUUCCGGGCAGGGCAGGUUGCAGUGCUGGAGAAGCUAAGAGGGGACAGGCUGCAUGCAGCAGGAGUUUUGAUCCAGAGCUGGGUGAAGGGCUGGCUACAGCGUAGACGCUAUCAGCGGCUCCAGUGGGCCAUCCUCACCCUUCAGCGCUACACCAGAGGAUGCCUGGCUCGAAGAUUGGUGUGGACCCUCCGUUAUACACAAGCUGCUUUAAUCAUCCAGAAAGCAUACCGCAUGCUGGCUGUGCGACAGAUUUAUUUGACCAUCAGAGAGGCAACAAUCAAAAUCCAGGCCUUCAUAAGAGGAACCCAGGCUCGCCGCAUUUACAGACAAAUGCUGAUGGAGCGGGCAGUAGUGUUCUUGCAGACGCGGGUUCGAGGCUGGCUCGCCCAAUGCAGGUUCAGACGCAUCAGAAAUGCGGUGGUGCUCCUGCAGUGCUGCGUGCGCAGGCGGGCUGCACGCAAAGAGCUACUGCGACUGCGUGCUGAGGCGCGAUCCGUGGAGAAAUUCAGAGAACUAAAUAAAGGGAUGGAGGUCAAACUAAUGCAGCUGCAACUCCGUGCUGACCAUCAGGCAAGAGAGAGUGCUUCUCUGAGGGAGACUCUUCAGAACGAGCGAGAGGCUCACAGCUCUGAGUUGGAACAGUUGCGCUCCAAUCUGCUCAAACUCCAGACCCAGCUGCAGGAAAAUGCACAAACUGCUCCUGCACUCACAGAGAAACAGGACGAGGAGAGGAGGAGAGCAGAGGUGAAAGCUUCUCAAGAGAUUCUCCACCUUACAGAGGAAAUCCAAGCUCUCAGAGUUGAGAGAGAUUUGUUGGAGAAUGAGAGGGAUGAUCUUGCAAAUCGUUUACAAGUUCAGGAAAAAGCCCAGGAGGAGAGCCAUCAGCAGUGCAUGGAUCAUGCAGAUGCAUCAGUGCGGGCCGAGCUGGAAGAGGAGCGAAGGAGAUACCAGAGUUUACUCAGAGAGUUCACACGGCUAGAGCAAAGAUAUGAUAAUCUGAGGGAUAUGAGCAUGUUCACCACCAAUGAGCGUUCACGUGGACACAGGCGAACUGAUUCGACUGUGUCUUUGGAGCUUCUCUCGCCUGUCACCACACCGUUCUCAAGCUCGCCCGUGUUCCCUUCGCCUGAGGAGAUCAGAAGGGUCAGCGUGACAUCACCCACUGACAGGAGCCCCUGGAGCCCCGAGCAACCAAUGGAUGUCCUAAUGGAGGAUAUGGGUGUGGCGAAGGACUCAGCCGAAAAGUUGAAGGGGGAAGAUCUCAGAUACGCCUAUGAUGCAGUGCGAGUGGCCAACAAGUUUCUAGAGACGCAGUUGUUGUCACAGAGAGGGCAGUGGGAAGAGGAGAUAUCUGCACUCAGGAUGAAACAUCAGCAGGCACAAGACAGAGAUGCACCUGGAGACACUGAGAUAAAGGAUCUAAUAGAGCAGGUGGUGGUUCGAGAGCAGGAAUGCUCCAGAUUGAGGCGGGAACUCAAAGAACUGAAAAACACAGUAACGCUCAGGAGAAUUCUUUCUUAUGCAGGUAUGGGCACUGUGGCAUCUCAGGAAGCAACAUCAUCAGCCUCUCAGAAGAGUCAGACCCUUACUGGAUUACUGGAGUGUAGAAAAAAAGAUGAGAAUAAGCUCAUCAAAAACCUCAUUACAGAUGUGCGGGUGGAGAGCAUCCUCUCUUUGCCCCCAGGGCUGGCAGCGCAGGUUCUGUUCCUGUGUGUACGUCAGGUGGACUGCAGUGGGGAUCAAACACGUGUGAAAGUGCUCUGCAGCGCGGCAGUGAGCGGCAUUAAAACAGCCCUGAAGAAACAUGGCAAUGAUUUGGACAUGACGGCUGUUUGGUUGAGGAACGCAUACCUGUUUAAAGAUCUACUGAGCCAACAUUCUUCAAGACAGGAGAUGAGAGGCUCAGAGGAGCUUGUACCUCUCAUGACUGACGUGCGGGAGUCGGUGCGUGUGCUCAGUGAUCUGUGCAUUCAGGCCUAUCAGCAGCUGCUGUCCAUCUCUGAGAGUCGCCUGCAACCCAUCAUAGUUCCAGCCAUGCUUGAAAGUGAGACGAUCCCUGGUCUGGCUGGAUCUUCUGUAAAGUUUAGUAGUGGUCGCAAGCGUGCAGGCUCGGAACCGCGGCCUGCUGCUAGUACAGACGGCGCCACUAUGUCAGCAGUCCUAAGGGAACUGGGAGCGCUACACACAGCCCUGUCCCGGCAGGAUCUGCCCUCGGCCUUGCUGGAGCAAGCCUUCCAUCAGCUCAUGUACCUGCUGGCCGCCACCACCCUCAACAGCCUACUGUUGCGUAAAGACAUGUGCUGCUGGAACCGUGGCCUACAGAUAAGGUAUAAUGUGAGUUUGCUGGAGGAGUGGCUGCGGAGUCGUUCUCUGCAGACAGGGGGCGCUGUUACUGCUCUAGAACCCUUGAUACAGGCAGCACAGCUCCUUCAAAUGAGCAAAAAGACUGAAGCAGAUGGACAAGCAAUGGUCCAAACCUGCAAUGCACUGUCCACCCAGCAGAUUGUGAAGAUUUUAAGUCUGUAUACACCUCAAAGUGAUCUUGAGGAGAGGGUAACGCUAAAUUUUAUACGUAUUGUACAGGGGCUGCUGAAGGGGCAAUCUGAGGGCCAGCCUCCACAGAUCCUGCUGGAUGUCAGACGGGUAUUCCCUGUCACAUUCCCUUAUCUGCCGCCUCCACAAGUCACUGCCGCUCAGCUUGAAAUCCCAGAGUCCCUCAAAAUCUCCUUCCUACGCAGAGUGUGAGAGUGGGUGGACCUCUGCAUCCUAUCAAAUGGUUGCCUUACAACAAUUAUUUUUCGUUUGUUGCCACAGCAACUUCUCUUUAAAAUUUGGAUUGUUUUAAUUGUAAGUUAUGUUAGCCCACUAAAUUUAGGAGUGAUUCUAAAAAUAUCAUUUUCAAUGGAUGAUAAUAAUAAAAAAGUCAUAUUUUGUAGUUGUAGUCACAUGUCAGCAUUUAAAAGAUAUAUAAAGUAAAAUUUAAAUCAAAAUGUACCCUAUUUACUUUCCAAAUUCUCAUUCCAUUAAUUGGUGUAAGGAUUCCAAAGAUUUUUUUUUUCCUUUGUAGCAUUUCUUACAAAAAUGUUCUAACCUAUUCCACAUUUGAAACUACUUUGUUCAUUGACUGAAUUUCAGACUGAUCAGACUUUGAAUUCAAGAGUAGGUCAAAAGUGUUUCUGCUGAAAUCGGUCUGUGCCGACCGAAAUUCAAAUCACUUCUCCCCCGAGUUGCUGAAGUUGAAAGUGUUGUUCAUUGUUGGGUGUAAUCGGUUACUGUAAUCUUUUUAAGUCGAACAAUAGUCGAAAACACUUUCAGUGUAAUACAUUACAUUUAAAAUUCUUGUAAUCAGAUUACAGUAACUGACUUUCAGUUAAGUUACUUUUAAGUACAUUAAUUGGGUUACACAUAUUUCGAAAUAAUAUUUAGGUUGAAUACAUUUAAAACAUGAAUUAUGUUUAUGUGCAUGUCUAUUUGCAAUUCUGUGACAGCUGAAAAACAUAACAUUUAUAGACUUUAUUUUUAAGGAUGUCCGAUACCGAUACUGGUAUUGGAAUCGUCUGAAACUGCGGUCAUGUCCUUGUACUUGUAAAAAUGGUCUGAUACCAAAAACUGAUACCAUCUGACAUACAAAUGUUAUGUAAACAUUCAGUGCACUAAUUAAAAUCAUAAACAUAAUUAUAUCCUAGUGAGAUUAUUUAAUCACAAAAGCUGUGAUUUAAUUAGAUAAAUCAGACCUUUUAUUGAUCCUUGGCUCAUACAGG